AUGGCUUGGAGCCGGGCCGAGGCCGCCGCCGCAGAGAGCAAUAAGGAGGCCAGUGAAGCCACGACGGCUCUUGACAUGGCGCUGGCCGACGCAGCAUCCGCCGAGGAGUGCUGCAAUAAGGCGGAGGCUGGGCUGAAAGCUCUCCGCGAGGAGCAGGAUGCCCACGGCCAACUACUUCAGCAGCGAGAGGAGGAUAUCAAGGCCCAUGAAGCUACACUCACUGAUCGCUCGCUGCGCUCCAUCUGCGGGGGAGGGUACGAAGAGCUGCUGGCGACCCCUGAGGACGGCUUCGUCAGGCUUUUGCCCAAGCUUGUUAAGGCGCUUGAGGACGUCGCCGCUGGAGUGGACUCCUGGGUGGAGGGGGAGUGCCGCUCACUCUUCACUGCGGCCGCGACGCACGUCUUCAGCCACCUCCACCUCCGGGACCCAGGCUUUGACCUCAGCGCACCGAUCGAGCUAGUGGCUCUUGAGUCCCGCACCACUGCCGCUGAGGCCAUGAAGGAGCAGGUGAACGCCCUACUAGGGAAGUUCCUUUGCGUCUCUGACCCCGAAGCCGUGAGGGAAGAGGCCAGCGGCAGCGAAGAUGGAGGCAGCAUCAUCGAUGAUGGGCUUCCCAAGGCGAGCGGCAGCGGCGGCCAAGGCGACGGUGGCCCUUCUUCCUAG